AUGAGUACAUGUCCGCUAGGAUUCAAAGGCACGCCACCACCGGGUCAUCCCAAAGUUCCAGGCCUCGACUCUUCCCCGAGCGACGCAACAACAGCGGCCAACUCAAGCACAUCACAGAAAGCCGGUUGGAAUCCGUGGCUGCUGCUCGCCAUCGAUGCAGUGUUCAUCUUGCUAGCCAUCUAUCUAGCCAAGAAUGGUGUACCCCGAGCGAUAGCAGAUCCGGUCAAGGCAGCGUUGUCCAGAACACGACAGAAGGCAGAUGUGAAAGUCGAGUGA